AUGAAGAGAGUGCUACACGUACAUGGCAUUCAGGCACGUCGGGGAGGACGAGCCUCAGUGAGCAGGAUGAAGGUUGAUGAGUGGCAGGCUGAGGUCAACAGGAUGUGCCUCGCUGCUUUUUGCCUUGAGUCGAUGUAUCGAGCUGUAGAUGAAGCUGGGGAUCCACUCUUUCCAGACUGUAUUAUGCAGAAGCUGUCAGUCUCUAUCAUUGAAGGGGAGCAUUUGGAGGAGCUGCAGCAGAUUGUGUCAAUCAUGGAUCCACAUUUCCAAGUGGAGCAAAUUUCAUUCUGGCAAGAGAACUUACCGCAAACCUCAGCUAGCAAAGAGGCGCUAGAGCAGGCAGAUCGGCAGCUUGCUGCUCUGAGCGAUGAUGCUCGUGCAAAGGCGUGGCAGCAUGAUAAACUCAUGCUAGCACGUGAUGUGGCGACCAUCUCCAAGGUCUACGACGCGGUGGAGAAAUCAGCACGCUCCAAGCGUGUCCAGCGCGUAUGCCACAUGCGCAAUGAAAACGCAAUUGGUGCCAGUGUGAUCAGUGGAUACUUAGAGAAGAAUGGUUUGCAUAGAUCCGGGUCUGAAGAGCAAUGUCUCGCCUAUCUGGAGCAGGAGGGGCUCAAUGGCAAGGACCUCAACCAUUGCCUUGACUUGGUCACCGCGCUUUUGACAAAGCAGCCUUUGAGGUCCUUGAGCGAGGCCCAGGAAGCAGCACAGAUCCUGAGCGGGCCAGAUGUUCCGAGGGCGCUCUUGGAGGCUCUACUUGCCAAGGUCAGCGUCAGCAAUCUUGCUGUGGUGAACGCGACGCCCUAUGACGGCUGGUUGGAACGUACAUGCCUCAAGUGGCACUUGGAUCAUGAAGCCUUCAAGGUUGUCCACCUCUCUUUGACAAAGCAGCCGGUCCUGACAGACUAUGUCCAGAAAGUCCUAGCAUUGGAGCUGAUGCAGGCCAUAAGUUGUGAAACUGUUGCUGCUCAUUUCGACCCAGCCCAAUUUGUUUAG